UGGUCUGCUGAGCGUCACCUCCACACAGCAAGUGCCUUUACUUGAGCAGGAGAGGGAGAAGGAAGAGGAGGGUAGCUGCCAGAGAGCUCAUCCCAGGAGUGUGUCUGAGCGAACCAAAGGAGCAUCUCUGUGACUUCGCAGGGAGGACUGAGAAGUGCACAGAGGGAGGCAGCGUUGGGAGUAUCACAGUGCUGGUGGUGUUGGCAGAACAUGCUGAGUGGAGACAAGGGAAUCCACUGGCGCUGUUGAUCCUGGUGUCCCUGGCAAAAGCUGCUUGAGCAGGAGACUGAAAAAGGCGCAGCAGCCAGGAUCUCGCCAGGGGGGCAGCAUUUUACAGCGACAACGAAGCGUGGAGACAGCUGAAACCUACACACACACACACACGCUGGAGAACACACAUGCAUUUUAAAGAUUCACUACAACCCCUGUCCUUCUGAAGCACACAAACUUACAAAUUGCUACAUUUUCUCGUCCAUGGAUGCUGGAUGAUGGAGACAAAAACUUCUGGAGAGGAAAUUCUCUUUUAAUAAGGACUUACUGCAGAGAUUUUCCCACUAAGAAUAACUUUCUCUUUUGGGAGGGGGGGAGUUGGGAGGUUUAAACCGUCUAUCUAAGCACAAAACAAAAUAACCUCUAUUCUUAGUUGCGGAAAUUGAGAGCGGUCUUUGUGACCGUUGAGAUUCCUCCUCCUGAUUCAGUCUGAGCAGUAAGUGGAUUAUGACAGCAACAUUUUGGGAUUUCUCUUUUGCUUGAAAAAAAAAAAGAAGAGAAUAUAUCCAUGACUGGUGGAUUUACGUCUGUGAUAGAAGGAGAGGAUCCCGUGCGUUUUCUCCUCUCUUCUCCUGUGGAUUACAGAUGGGCUUUGUGAUCUCUCAGUGCCGUCUCAUGGAUGAUCGCUCACUGCCAGUCAUUAGGAUAAAGUACAAAGAGGGAGACAAGUGGCUUGGGCACAAGCGGAGAUUGAUUGAAGUGAUCUGUGUGAAUCCUAUUAAUGCACCCUGGACUCUGGCCAAGGCAGAAGCAAUGGAGGGGAACACCGCUGUCUAGCAGCACUAUCUGAUCUGCACCCUCACUGGACAAACUAAGCACCGUCUGCACUCUCUCUUCAACAACACUCCUCCUCCUCCUCCUCCUCCUCCUCCUCCUCCUCCUCCUCCUCCUCCUCCUCCUCUCAACCAGGCAAAGAUGGUACCUCCACCUCCCACCAACAAGCCCCACGUGUGCCUGUCCACCAUCCUGAUCAUGAGCAGCAUGGCACUGAUUGAUGCCUACCUGGUGGAGCAGAACCACGGGCCACGCAAGAUUGGCAUCUGCAUCAUGGUGAUGGUGGGAGACAUCUGCUUCCUAAUCGUCCUGCGUUACGUGGCGGUGUGGGUGGGUGCUGAGGUACGCACGGCUAAGCGAGGCUACGCCAUGAUCCUCUGGUUCCUUUACAUCUUUGUGCUGGAGAUCAAAGUCUACUUUGUGUAUCAAAACUACAAGGCGGACAGGAAGAGCCUGGACGCUCUCGCAAGGAAAGCGUUGACGUUGCUGCUGUCCGUUUGCAUACCAGUGCUGUUUGUGGUGCUGGUUGCUAUCGAUCAUAUGGAGUACGUUCGCGCCUUCAAGAAGCGCGAGGAGAUCCGCAAUCGUCUCUUCUGGGUGGUGGUGGACUUGCUGGACAUACUGGACAUCCAAGCCAACCUGUGGGAGCCUCAAAAGAAGGGGCUUCCUUUGUGGGCAGAGGGCCUGAUGUUCUUCUACUGCUACAUCCUGCUGCUCGUGCUGCCCUGCGUUUCCUUGAGCGAGAUCAGCAUGCAGGGCAUCAACAUCGUGCCCCACAAAAUGCUGCUGUACCCCAUCCUCAGCCUGGUGACCAUUAACAUCAUUACCCUCUUCAUCCGCGGGGGGAACAUGAUUCUGUACAGGGACGCCAGGGUAUCCGGGAUCCUGAUAGGAAAGAACAUCCUGGCCAUCAUCCUAAAGACCUGCAGCUUUGUGCAGUACAGGAGACAGUUGCAGAACGCUUCCCCUGCCUUCGGGGUAGAGCUGCAGAAAAACUCGGUGGCCCAUGCUCGCCCUGCCCCCAACCCUCCUCAAGUGGUCAUGCAAGACCAGACGCCCCUCCCCGAGGUAACCACGUGUGAGCACACAUGACAGAAUGUUGAGGUGAAUCCUGGAGAUGUCAAUGUGAAUAACCUCAGGAUGCUGGCAGGGCACAACGUUCCACCCCCUUUUAGGGCAUAUGAACACUCAUGUGAACACACAGGAGAUCCUGUUCUCCGCGGAUGCUUAAUGGCACACAGGACACUGCAGACAUUUAGCGAGGAUAUACAGUAGAGCAGUGCUGUAUCCAAAGCUGUCGUGGUGCAAAAUACAGCAUCAUUUGGGACUUUGUUAAAGCAUUUCCUUCAAUGAAUUCAGUGUAUUUUUUUCUAAUUGUACAAAAGAUUAAAAAAAAGGCAACUACUGCAAGAUUAGAGGAUAUAUUUUUGAAUUGUAUGUGUUGCAUUCUAAUCUUAAACUUAAAGGUCUGUGUGCUGUGGUGUGUAUUUCUGUUGCUCGAAUGUUCUUAGUAGUCGAGGGCUCGAACACGUCAAAGUCAGGAGGAGCAAAGUAAUGAAAAUAACAGUUAAAUCUUUCUCUUGAAAGAAGUGUGUUUUUUAUAUGUGAUUCUUUGAUAAAGUAUUGUGUACAAGAUAAAGGCUCUCGUGCUCUUUCA